CAUCACAGUCUACCUCAAAGUCAACAUGACAAUCAGCAUCACAGUGUACCUCAAAGUCAACAUCACAGUCUAUGUCAACUGUCAACAUCACAGUCAACAUCACAGUUUACAUCACAGUCUACAACACAGUCUAUAUCAAAGUCAACAUCAAAGUCAACGUCAAAGUCAACAUAACAGUCAACAUCAAAGUCAACGUCAAAGUCAACAUAACAGUCAACAUCAAAGUCAACGUCAAAGUCAACAUAACAGUCAACAUCGAAGUAAAAAUCAAGGCCUACAUCACAGUUUACAUGACAGUCUACAUCACAGUCUACAUCAAAGUCUACAACACAGUCAACAUCACAGUCUACAACACAGUCAACAUCACGGUCUACAUCACAGUCUACAUCAAAGUCAACAUCACAGUCUACAACACAAUCAACAUCACAGUCUACAUCAAAGUCGACAUCACCGUCAACAUCACAGUCAACGUCAUAAUCAACAUCAAAGUCAACACCACAGUUUAUAUCACAAUCAAGAUCAAAGCCAACAUCAAAGCCUACAUAAUAGCCUACAUCAACGUCAACAUCAAAGUCAACAUCAAAGCCAACAUCAAAGCCUACAUCACAGUCUACAUCACAGCCAACAUCACAGUCAACAUUAAAUUCUACAUCAAAGCCAACAUCAAAGCCUACAUCAUAGCCUACAUCAAAGCCUAUAUCACAGUCUACAUCAAAGCCUAUAUCAUAGUCUACAUCAAAGCGUACAUCACACUCAACAUCACAGUCUACAUCAAAGUCAACAUCACAGUCAACGUCACAAUUAACAUCAACGUCAACAACACAGUUUAUAUCACAAUCAACAUCAAAGUCAACAUCAAAGCCAACAUCAAAGCCAACAUCAAACCAACAUUCUGCAUCACCGUCUACCUCGAAUCCAACAUCAAAGCCUACAUCACAGUCUGCAUCACAGUCAACAUCACAGUCUACAUCAGUGUCUACAUCAAAGUCAACAUUGCAGUCUACAACACAGUCAACAUCACAGUCAACAUCAAAGUCUGCAUCACAGUCAACAUCACAGUCUACAACAAACUCAACAUCAUAGUAUACAUCACAAUCAACAUCACAACCUACAUCAAAGUCAACAUAAAAGUCAACAUCAAAGUCAACAUCGAAGCCAACAUCAAAGCGUACAUCACAGUCUACAUCACACUCAACAUCACAGUCAACAUCAAAGUCUACCUCAAAUUCAACGUCACAAUUAACAUCACACUCUACAUCAGUGUCUACUUUAAAGUCAACAUCACAGUCAACAUCAAAUUCUACAUCAACGUCAACAUCAAAGUCAACAUCAAAGCCUACAUCACAGUCUACAUCACAGUCAUCAUUAAAUUCUAAAUCAAAGCCAACAUCAAAGACUACUUCACAGUCUACAU